AUGAUGAGUGAUCUGGGAGAUCUGCCACGAAUGCCAACCCCGGGAAUUUGGUAUUGCGCAUCGAGAGUUCGCUCCCCAGUGCCAGAGCAUCAAUUGGGAGUUCUAAGGCGACGUUUUGAAGCGUUUGAGGGAGAAUAUUCAGUGAAAGCGACCGAAUCUGCGGGGCGCGAAGAAUUGGACUCUUUACGAUUCCGAUGCACCCGGUCACCGAUUUCUCCUCAUUCGCGAGUCUUUCGCCAAAGACAACAUAUCGCACCUGUAUCAUCGCAUUCGCCAGAUUUAGUACAAGUAGAUUUCCUUCUCUUCCCCAAGAUGAAAAAGCAGUUCAAAGGUCACCAUUUUAACAUUUUUGUUGAGAUCCACAGUGAAUCACAGAAUGUCAUCGACUUGCUUAAGGGAAACGAAUUUCUGACCGGAUUCUAA